UAAGUGUCUAAAGGAACACACUGUUUAAUCCUGCGCAGUUAUUAACCCUUCCAGUUUGGUGUCUUUGGCAUUUAAAAGAUCACAUGUGUGUUUAGAUCGUAUUCAUUGGGGAUGUGAACAGAGGGAUUACUGCCCCCUACUGGCCCACCAACACCACUUCCAGUAGCAACUUCAUUUUCCCAGGAGGUCCAGUACCAAGCCCACGCAGAUGACUCUGAAACCAUUACCGGCCAAAGAUAUCAAGUGUGAGAUCAGGAGAUACCAGGAAAAGGGGUGUGUUGGCCUAAAAUGAGUUCCAGUGAAGAAGAGGACCAUGGCUGUGAGCCUGUGGGCCCCAUGCAGCAGAAGAGAUCACACUCCCCUGUACCGAGCUGUGUGUCCAUGAAGAGUGACUGGUCCUUGGAACAUCCAUUAAACUUUGCUGGAGGAGGUGUUCCUGCUGGUCAGAGUUCCAUUCAGCAGAAGGGCUCUUCUUCCCCUGUACCAAGCAGCGUGUCCAUGAAAACUGACCGGUCCAUGGGGGAACCACUCCACUUUGAAGAAGGAGUUAUUCCUGCUGAUCAGAGAUAUCAGCAGAUCCACAAAUCCCACCUGCAGAAGAAGUUUCAGAGCCUGAUUGAGGGAAUCACGCAGCAGGAAGAGAUCAGACUCCUCCAGGAGAUCUACACAGAGCUCUACAUCACAGAGGGGGGAUGAGGAGAGGUCAAUGAUGAACAUGAGGUCAGACAGAUAGAGAGGGCAUCCUGGAGAGAAGCAGCACAAGGCACACCAAUCAGAUGCAGGGACAUCUUUAAACCCUUAUCUGGACAAGACAAACAUAUCAGGACAGUGCUGACAAAGGGAAUGGCUGGCAUUGGAAAAACAGUCUCUGUGCAGAAGUUCAUUCUGGACUGGGCUGAAGGAACAGCCAAUCAGGAUGUCCACUUCAUAUUUCCUCUUCCUUUCCGGGAGCUGAACCUGAUGAAGGAGAAGAAACUCAGUCUGGUGGAUCUUAUUCAACACUUCUUCCCAGAAAUCAAAGAUCCCAGGUUCUUGACCAGUUCGGAUCCCAGAGUCAUGUUCAUCUUUGAUGGUCUGGAUGAGUGUCGCCAUUCUCUAGAUUUCCACUUCAAACCAGAGUGUAACGAUGUGACAAAGCCAGCCUCAGUGGACGUGCUGCUGACAAACCUCAUCAAGGGGAAUCUGCUUCCAUCUGCUCUCCUCUGGAUCACUACCCGACCAGCAGCAGCCAAUCAGAUCCCUCUUCAGUGUGUGGACCAGAUGACAGAGAUAAAGGGAUUUAAUGACCCACACAAAGAGAUGUACUUCAGGAAGAGAAUCAGUGAUGAGAACCUGGCCAGCAGAACCAUCAAACACCUGAUGUCAUCCAGGAGCCUCUACAUCAUGUGCCACAUUCCAGUCUUCUGCUGGAUUUCAGCCACUGUUGUAGAGAGAACAUCAGAAGAAUCAGAAAGUGUAGAAAUACCAAGGACUUUCACUCAAAUGUAUGCACGCUUCCUGAUCAUUCAGACAAGCAUAACAAAGGACAAGUAUCUAGAGAGAAAAGAGACAGAUGAAGAGGUGAUUUUUAAAUUGGGGAAACUGGCUUUCCAACAGCUGGAGAAGGACAAUCUGAUCUUCUAUGAGGAAGACCUGAGAGAAUGUGGCAUUGACGUCACAGAAGCAUCAGUGUAUUCAGGAGUGUGUACUCAGAUCUUCAGAGAGGAGUCUGGGCUGUACCAGGGGAAGGUGUUUAGUUUUGUGCAUCUGAGCAUCCAGGAGUUUCUAGCAGCUCUAUAUGUGUUCCUCUGCUUCAGCAACAGACAGAUAAAUAUGCCUGACCAACAGCAAACAUCUCAGCUCUCUGCUCUGUUCAGAGCUGCAACACUUCAUGACCUACACACGACUGCAGUGAAUUUGGCCUUACAGAGUGAGAAUGGACACCUGGACCUUUUCAUCCGCUUCCUUCUGGGCCUCUCAUUGGAGUCUAAUCAGAAUCUCUUAACUGCAACUGCAUAUUGGCUUUGGAGGUGUAAUCUGACUGAGAAGAGCUGUUCCUAUCUGGCCUCUGCUCUGACCUCACACUCCUCAAGUCUCAGACAGCUGAAUUUGAGUGAGGAUGUUCUGCUGGACUCUGGAGUGGAAUGUUUAUGUUUUGCACUUUGUCAUCAAAACUGCAAACUGGAGGAACUACAGCUGAUGCGCUGUAAUCUGACAGAGAAGAGCUGUUCUCAUCUGGCCUCUGCUCUGACCUCACACUCCUCAAGUCUCAGACUGCUGGACCUGAGUGACAAUGACCUGCUGGACUCAGGAUUUGGAUUGAACAUUAUGUUCUGCACUUGGCUGACCAACUGUAAGCUGACAGAGAAGAGCUGUUCCUAUUUGGUGUCUGCUCUGACCUCACACUCCUCAAGUCUCAGACAGCUGAACCUGAGGGCCAAUAACCUGAGGAAAUCAACUGUAGAGCAGCUCUCUGCUCUAGUGGAGGACCCACACUGUAAAUUAGAGAAACUAGAGUUAUGGAAUUGUGAGCUGACAGAUAUGAGCUGUUCCUAUCUGGCCUCUGCUUUGUCCACACACUCCUCAAAUCUCAGAGUGCUGAUCCUGGAGGGCAAUAAGGAGAUUAGUAAAUCAGCUGUAGAGCAGUUCUCUGCUCUAGUGGAGGACCCACACUGUAAACUGGAGAGACUAGAAAGCAAUUGGGGGACCAUAGAGCGUUCAAGCAUACAGACACCCACCUCUGUCUUGUCUGCAGAAUGCCUGGGAAGAAACAUGAGCAUGUCCCCAGCUUCCAGCAGCUCACGAGAAACAGCCUCUUCCUGAGGGGAGCACAAAACACACACACACACACACACACACACACCAGCAGCACACAGGAAACAGCCCAAAACACACACACACACACACACACACACACACACUCACACACUAGCAGUACACAGGAAACAGCCUCUUCCUGAGGGGAGCACAAAACACACACACACCCCAGCAGCACACACACACACACACACACACACACACACACACCAGCAGCACA